GCGGAACUUUUGUGGCUUUGGAGUUUUCUGCCGGACGUCUAAAACUGAUUCACUCUUGGGCGCCAUAUUGACUGCAUGUGAGCUGUCUAUUAGGCUAGUUGGAUGUUUUUUUCCCACAUGAAGGUGACAGUGUUAGCAAAUAAAACAAGCUGAAAUGGCUGCGUUGCGUGUAGCGAGGAGGAUGUUCUGUGCUGCGGCAGAAAGCGCAUCAGCUCCGGUCAAACAGAGCCGCUGGGAGGCUCUGAAAGGCAGUAAAGCGGGUGUGUGGUGUCGCAGCCUGCUCUCUGAUUAUAAAGAAGCAUGCAGGGAGAUACUCGUUGGAGCCAGGGAUCGUCCAGUCAAAGCGUCUCUGUAUGCGACUCUGCUGGGUGGGGCUUUGGCCUGCAGUCAUACCACACCGGACUACUCAUCUUUUGAGGCCACCUUCCUCGAUCGCUCCGCCCAGCUGGGCCUGCUGUCACCAUGGAACCGCAGCAGCACCUCAGACGGUCACAUGCAGAGCCUCGCUAAGCUUCGUAACGAGGGUCGACUCCGCCACAUCAGCCUUGGACUUCUCUCUCUGAUUUACUACGCCGACUUUGACCCUAAUGUUACACUGUAUGAAGCGCAGUGCUCCAACCUGUCUGUACGCUGGCGUGACCUCCCUCAGCGGGUUCUAGACGUGGGCUUUGCUGGUCGCUGGUGGAACCUGGACUCAAAGAUGCAGGACUAUGAUAUAAACGAGGAAGAGUUCAAGCACCUGCCGCCUCAUAUGCAGGUGACGUCGCCACCCAGUGUUCAUGAGGUGGAGAGGAACGAAAGGUUGCACAAAGAAUCGUGGUUACCACUGACUGUAAAUGAUGAGGAGAUGGACACAAAUGUAGUGGACAGGAGGGAGAAGAGCAUCAGUGGAAAGAGCCAACCUAAACCACUGACGUGAGAAAGGAUGCAGCCCUGAAUGCAGUUUGAUAUUUUGAACUGUUUACACUUGAGCUACAAAUCAUCAAAAAAAGAGAAAACACUUAUCCCACUGUGUGUAAAUGUAGGUUCAGAAUAACCAGCUGUGUUUGUUUAUAUCUAUAAUCUUGAUCCAAAAAACAUUAAUAUUGACAUUCGAAUACCCCAUCUCAAAGUCUAGUCUCUAAGUAUCAUACUGUCAUUUGUCCCAUAAUUUGAUAGAACAAAGAGUAUGGCUAUUUUUCUUCUCUGACGAUGUGUUGCAGUCCUGUGUAUAUUCAGGAUGUCAUGUUCUAUUGUAGGUAUCAAAAAUAAAUAAAUAAAAUGGCUUAAGUGCAA